UCUUUGCAUCCAGGAGAAAAGCUUGUCUUCCGGUUUGCCGCCUAAAAUGUGAAUUUAUAACAUUCUAACCUAAAUUUGUUUUCUUCAAUUCGACAAAAAUAAGUCAAGACAAGAACAAAGAAAAGAACGUUACCGGGGUAAUUGUCAUAUUGAAUCUUGGCUGGCAUGGAAGUGUUUUGGGUUAAUUUAACUCUUCUAUUAAUGAUUAAAAUUUUUUAAUUAUGGAGGCUGAUUGUGAGUGUAGUAACAUUAUUGCUGUUUUGAAGAAGAUCGAAAAGAUUAGAAAAUGUAAUAAAUGCGGAGCAACUGAAUUGAUAUCUCUCACUGGCUCUUGCAGUCAUUCUCUCUGCUCGGACUGUUUGCGGGGACUGGCUGAAUCGAUUUGUCCAGAAUGUAGUACACCAUUUGAAUUGAAAGCUAUUCUGCCUAAUAUACAAUGGUCUAGUUUUAGCCAUGAAAUCAACAAGAUUGCCAGCUUAGUGAACAGAGUUGUAAAACCGCCACCAUUCAAUAACCUGCCAGACGAAGUUUUGAAGGAUAUUGAGCACGGAGAAACCCAUCUGCAUGAAACAUCCGCUGAACCUAACAUUUCUGAAAAAUCCAACAAGAAAGGCUCGAUUUACAAGAGAAAAUUAAAGUUGGCUAGUACUUCUCAAAACGAAAAUGAACUACCAAAAUCAAAUGUGCCCAUCAAAGAAGAUUUGAAAGAUAUCAAUGAAAAUACUCCUGUUUUUGUUAGCAAUGAAACUGAAUCUGUGGAUGUGAUUGGAAACUCUCAAUCACCGAUCAAGAAGAAUACGUUAUUUACUAAACAAAAUGUUGAAAAUGUCAAGAAAGGUAAUGUUCUAUCCGAGAACAAUCUCCCUGUUAAGAAAUACAAGAUAAGUCGAUCCUGUGUCAGUAGAGGUGCUGAAACCGAGAAUGUUGUUCGUAAACCUGAUAAAGUGGCUCUGAACUCAUCAAGUGACUGUGAAUUGAAUUUCAAAGGGUUUCCCGCAUAUGUUGAUUGCAUAACUAUUUCGUCAAGCUCUGAAGAUGGUUCAAGUGACAAUAGUGAUACAUAUCAAAGAAAAAAGAAAACAUCAUUGAAUCAUGUGGAACAUUUCUCUAGAAGUAACAAGAGAAUAAUUGAUAAAAAUUGUUCAAACAGUGUGGCAAGUGACAAGAGAAUAAUUGAUAAAAAUUGUUCAAACAGUGUGGCAAGAGACAAGAGAAUAAUUGAUAAAAAUUGUUCAAACAGUGUGGCAAGAGACAAGAGAAUAAUUGAUAAAAAUUGUUCAAACAGUGUGGCAAGUGAGAAUGCCGAUCUCAACAAGUCUUGUAUCUCUUCAAAAAACAAGAAAAAUAUUCCAAAGCAGUCUAAAAAACAUGUGAGAAGGAAUAGCAAAGAAGGAAAGAAUGUUUGUGAAGUUGAAAAUGAUUCAUCGGAAAUCAUACCUGCGACACCUCAAGACGCAGCCAUGGUGGAGGUGUUACCAGUCUCCACAAGGGCCAAAAAACAGCUGUCUUCGUUGAAUGUCAACUCAACAAAGCGCAGAGAUUCAGUGAAGAGGAACAGGAAUGGAGAAACACCUUUGUUGUCCGCCUGUGCUAAAGGAAACUUGGCAGAAGUUGAAAGGUUAAUCAGUGAAGGAGCCGAUCCAAAUAUCAAGGAUUAUGCUGGUUGGACCCCAUUGGUAAGCUGAACAACUAACCAUAUUAUUCAUAACUUUCCAACUGAAGACAUGAAAACUAUUAAUAAAUAUUAUUCAAAUCAGAAUACUCAUCGAAUGUUAGUUUUUUUUUUAAUCAUAUGAGUUAAUUUUGGCUUCAGCUAUUGCCCUUUGCAUUUCUGCAU